UGGCUGUGAACGAUAGAGGCCGGGGUUGUAGGGCCCAUGUUUCUCCAUCACCCCCACCUGCUGGGGCUCAGGAUCCCCAAAACACAAGGCCAGGGAAGGGUCGAGAAUCAUCUCUGCUGACUGACCCGGGAAACUGAGACCCAGAGCCUGGUAGAGACGGAAGGCUGGCGAGGUGUCACCGGGGCCACCCUGUCCUCACCAUGCAGACCCCGCUGCUACUCCUGCUGCUUCUGGGGGGCUCCUAUGGCUUGUUUCCCGAAGAACCACCACCACUCAGCGUGGCCCCCAGCGACUACUUGAGUCACUACCCUGUGUUCGUGGGCAGCGGACCUGGUCGUCUGGCCCCUGUGGAGGGCGCUGAAGGCCUUAACAUCCAGCGAGUGCUGAGAGUCAACAGAACACUGUUCAUCGGGGGCAGGGACAACCUGUACCGGGUGGAGCUGGAACCACCCUCGUCCACCGAGCUGCGGUACCAGCGGAAGCUGACCUGGCGCUCCAACCCCAGUGACAUUGAUGUCUGUCGGAUGAAGGGCAAACAAGAGGCCGAGUGUCGCAACUUCAUAAAGGUGCUGCUGCUUCGAGACGAGUCCACGCUCUUCGUGUGUGGCUCCAACGCCUUCAACCCCAUCUGCGCCAAUUACAGUAUGGACACACUGCAGCCCCUUGGGGACAACAUUAGUGGCAUGGCCCGCUGCCCCUAUGACCCUAAACAUGCCAACGUCGCCCUCUUCUCAGAUGGGAUGCUGUUCACAGCCACCGUGACCGACUUCCUAGCCAUCGACACUGUCAUCUACCGCAGCCUCGGGGACCGGCCCACCCUGCGCACAGUAAAACAUGACUCCAAGUGGUUCAAAGAGCCCUACUUUGUCCACGCAGUGGAAUGGGGAAGCCACGUCUACUUCUUCUUCCGGGAGAUCGCAAUGGAGUUUAACUACUUGGAGAAGGUGGUGGUGUCUCGAGUGGGGCGUGUGUGCAAGAACGAUGUGGGCGGGUCCCCCCGUGUGCUGGAGAAGCAGUGGACAUCCUUCCUGAAGGCUCGGCUCAACUGCUCGGUGCCCGGGGACUCACACUUCUACUUCAACGUCCUGCAGGCCGCAACGGGUGUGAUGAGCCUGGGGGGCCGGCCCAUCGUGCUAGCCGUCUUCUCCACGCCCAGCAACAGCAUCCCGGGCUCCGCUGUCUGCGCCUUUGAUAUGAACCAGGUGGCCGCUGUGUUUGAAGGCCGCUUCCGGGAGCAGAAGUCACCCGAGUCCAUCUGGACGCCAGUGCCAGAAGACCAGGUGCCUCAGCCCAGGCCCGGGUGCUGUGCAGCACCUGGUAUGCGGUACAAUGCAUCCAGCGCUCUACCAGAUGAAAUCCUGAACUUCGUCAAGACUCACCCGCUGAUGGAUGAGGCAGUGCCCUCCUUGGACCACACACCCUGGAUCGUGAGGACUCUGAUGCGGCACCAACUGACACGAGUGGCUGUGGAUGUGGGUGCUGGGCCCUGGGGCAAUCAGACCGUGGUCUUCCUUGGCUCCGAGGUGGGCACUGUCCUCAAGUUCCUUGUGAGGCCCAACGCCAGUGUCUCAGGGACCACAGGGCCCAGCGUCUUCCUAGAGGAGUUUGAGACCUACCGGCCAGACAGGUGCGGACGACCUGGUAGUGGCAGCGAGACAGGGCAGCGACUGCUGAGCCUGGAGCUGGAUGCAGCCUCGGGAGGCUUGCUGGCCACCUUCCCCCACUGCAUAGUCCGAGUGCCCGUAGCCCGCUGCCAGGAGUACUCGGGCUGCAUGAAGAACUGUAUUGGCAGCCAAGAUCCAUACUGCGGGUGGGCGCCUGAUGGCUCCUGCAUCUUCCUCAACCCAGGGACCAGUGCCACAUUUGAGCAGGACGUAUCUGGGGCGACCACCGCAGGCUUAGGAGACUGUACAGGCCUCCUGAGGGCCAGCUUGUCUGAUGAACGUGCAGGGUUGGUGUCUGUGAACCUGCUGGUGACAUCUUCGGUGGCAGCCUUUGUUGUGGGCGCAGUGGUGUCUGGUUUCAGCGUGGGCUGGUUCAUGGGUCUCCGUGAGCGGCGGGAACUGGCCCGUCGCAGGGACAAGGAGUCCAUCCUGGCCCACGGUGGUGGUGAGGCGGUCCUGAGUGUGAGCCGUCUGGGCGAACGCAGAGGGGCUGGGCCUGGGGGUCGUGGAGGAGCUGGUGGUGGCCCUGGGGGUCCCCCAGAGGCCCUGCUGGCCCCCCUCAUGCAGAAUGGCUGGACGAAGGCCACAUUGCUUCAAGGUGGCCCUCACGAUUUGGACUCGGGGCUGUUGCCCACCCCGGAGCAGACGCCACUGCCUCAGAAACGGAUGCCGACCCCGCACCCCCAUGCCCAUGCCCUGGGUCCCCGAGGCUGGGAGCACAGUCACCCCCUGCUUUCGGCCUCGGCUUCCUCAUCCCUGCUGUUGCUGGCCCCGACCAGGGCCACCGAGCAGCCUGGGGUGCCAGCCGAGCCUGUGCCCGACAGUCGUCUCUGUGCCCCCAGGUCAGGUCGGGCACCACACCCCGCUGACCUGCCACCCACACCCCAUGCCAGCCCGGACCGGCGUAGGGUGGUGUCAGCACCCACCGGCCCUUUGGACCCAUCGUCAGUGGGUGACAGUGUGUCCAGGCCUUGGAGUCCCCCCCCAACGGGCAGUCUACGGAGGCCGGGUCCCCACGGGCCACCUGCAGCCGCCCUGCGUCGCACGCACACGUUCAACAGCGGCGAGGGCCACAUGGGAGACCGUCACCGUGGCCGACACCCCAGGCCCAGCACGGACUUGGCUCACCUCCUCCCCUAUGGGGCUGGGGAGCGGACUGCACCCGCAGUGCCCUAGACCUGGGGGCCCCCAAUACUUUGGCGGUGCCAACCACAAUAUCCAGGACUGGGGUGGCAGGACAUCGCCUGGCCUGGCCUGCACCAAGUGGGGUGCAUUGGUCCCCCAGCCACCCAUGUGGGGAUGCCCUCUCCAGAGGGAAGCACAAGAGCCCCUGGAUUCCGGGAGGACACAGGACACUGAAGCCAGAUGGUCUGGGGGUGGUCCGGGGAGACCUCCGCCUCCAACUUCUGCGCAUAGAUUUUUUUGGGGUUUAUUUUGUGAAUUUUUUUCUAAGAAAUUGCACAGCCCCAUUCUUGGGGUGGCGGCCAGGGUGAGGGGGUGUGAGGAUGUGGGGUGAGGGGAGGCAGAGCUGCAGACAAGAGCCUCCAUACCCCACUAUAUCCUCUGGAGUAAAGGAAGCCCCCUCCUCAUCCUGGGCCCCUGCGUGUGUGGGUGUGUGUAACGUGUGCAUGGCGUGUUUGUGUGCAAGGGCCUGGGACGGAGGUGUGUGUGUGCGUCAGGGCCGCUGUGGGCGUGCGUGUGCGUGUGUGACUCAGUGUGUGGGUGGUGGCGCCCCCAGGGACCCUGAUGUCGGCAGAGCCAAUGUUGGGGCUUCUGGAAAGAAGCCCAGUUGGGGGGCAUCGGAAGUGCCGGUUUGGAGUUCGAAUCCUGCUUCUUGCAGAGGGGAUCUGGGGGACCAGUCUGGGAGUCAGAGGAGCCUGCAACAGCUUCUAAGGGCUUGUGGGGAUCUCAGGGGGGUAUAGGUGGGCAGACUCCCCUGUAAAUAUGGCCCUGGGGUGGUCAGAGGGUCCCAUGCCGCCUGUCCCCCCCGUGACCUCCCCUCUUUGAUCACCAGCUGACUGUGCAUGCCACGCGGCCAGCUGAGUCCAGGACCCUUCCCAGCCCCAGCCCCUUGAAUAAAACUCUGUUUACAUCCACCGGC